CCAGCCAGACUCUUUCACAGCAUUUACCAUCGCUCAUCUUCGACGGCAGGUCGAUCAUCGAUGUUGAUAAAUCGUUCGUCGAUGGACGAAACAUUCUCCUUGUUGGAAGCCCGGUUCUCAAAGAAAUGACAAUUGUCGAUGCCAAAGAAGAUGAGGCAUAAUACCCGUCUGCUCAUCGCGCACGUUCUCAUCUGGACAUCGCAACUCCAAAUGGCAUUGCUCUUCGGUGCGACCACAGAAUUCGAUAUGAUGGACAACUGGAAUUCCGAGGAAUGCAAUAAGGUCGCUGAUCGAGACGAUAUUUCAGACCUUCGCAUAACUGAGAAUAGAGGACUUCCGAGCGAAAUGCAUGCUGAACUCUACGAAAAUCCGGCAACCAUCCAGACGAUGGACAGACCAUUCUUCAUACAAGCACCAAUAUCUCAAGAAAGCUCCCUUCGCCAAUUUUCCUGAAGAGGCCGUCAGCUUCGUUCCCCCAAAGCUCUCACCUGGUGCCGACUACAGUAAAAUCAUGAUCGAAGACGGCGAUUUUCUUCUUCUCCCGGAAUUCAAAUGACGUCCAAUCAGACCCAAAUAACGCAGUGCAA